CUACAAGAGUUAGAGCAACUGAUUGACAGCAAAGAUAUAAAAUUAGUUGUGGCCAUUAUAUCAUCUUGGGUCCCAGCGUAUAAUAAGUUAGCACUGGACAACGAUAGGAGAGUGAGAGAGUUAAGUCAGGUAUGUCUAGGAAAACUGAUAAGACGAGUGCAGAAGCAAUUCGCUCCUCACCUCAAGCAAAUAUUGGGGGUAUGGUUGAUGGUGCAGUGCGACCCGCACCCCCCCUGUGCCUCUGUGGCUUUUAAAGUUUUUCAAGAAUUAUUUACUACCUCUGCUAAACAGUCUGAUGUAGCUGAUUUCUGUAGAGUUGAAGUUUUUAAUUUUUUGGAAGACAUCAUGUUCAAACUGACUAUCCAAAGCAUCAUUGAGAUGAGGAUAUGUGAGGAGGAGGAAGUGGAGAGCAGGUUCAUCAGAUUGUUGUCAUCCUCCAUAGAUGCCCUGACGAAGUUCAUCGAGAUUGUCAACGAUAAGCAUAGAGAAGAAAUUAUGGAAAGAAUUAGAAAUAAUUUAUUUUCUAAUUCAAAGUUUUGGAAAUUCCCAAAGAGCAAAAUUCCUCAGGUUAGGAAAGCUUAUUACGACCUUAUUGCUACAUUGCUAAAAAAGUAUGGAACACCACUGCUGAACCCAAAAAGCAAAGAACAAAUAACGAUUUCAGUUCUUUGUUCUAUAGAUGAAAAUGACAUAACUGUUAUACCUUCAGUGUGGAACGCCUUGAUUGUUUUGCUUUGUGGCAUAGAUGACGUGUGGUCUUCUAUAAAUAUGAGCAAAGCAUUCAUACCAAAAUUAUGGAACACCAUCGACAAGUGCGGCCAUGGUUGUGCCUCUGUCACCCACCCUAACAUCGUACUAAUUUUAGAAAAGCUACCAGCCAACGUUAAAUUCCAGAAAAAUUUUUGCGCCAGUUUGCUUGAGAAAUUAGUUUGCAGCCUAAUAAAUGAAAAGAUGCUGAUGAGUUGGAGAGAGUAUGAUGCUCUCGUUGCCUCUUUUGUUGAAUGUUGCAAGUUUUAUAUCUUCAACAUUGUUGAGAAGCGUGACAAAGCUGCUGCUGCUGAUGAUGAUGAUGGCGGCAAUAAUAUGAUAUCUAGCAUCAACAAUAACGUAAUUUAA